UGGAGCCAGAGGAGGGCUGUGUAGUCUACAUAAGAUCACUGCCUGCAGCACUGCACGCACAGCCGACUGGAGAUCAUAGGCAGCAGCUGGAGUCUUGACUUGCACAAUUCUUUCAAACGCAGUGAUUUUAUGAGGGAAAGCAUACAAUCCACGAUAGCCUGACGGGCACCUUGGAGUCUCACCAGCAACCAGCAACCGUCCUCCUCCUCCUCCUCCUCCUCUUAUGACUGACCAUCGCGGACCACGCAUGCAGAGAGCAGCAACGAUGCGGCGGCUCUGCUGUUAACUCGCCCCCAUCUUUCUCUCUGUGUGUUUUUCUUUUUCUUUUUUGCCGGUUCUUGCUCAGAGGAGACAGAAUAAAUUAAGGAUGAAGCUCAAACCAAACCAGACCAGGACGUAUGAUGGCGAUGGCUUCAAGAAACGAGCAGCGUGUUUGUGCUUUAAGAAUGAGCGUGAGGAAGAGGUCCUGCUGGUCAGCAGCAGUCGGCACCCGGACCAGUGGAUCGUCCCCGGUGGAGGGAUGGAGCCAGAAGAGGAGCCAUGCGGUGCUGCGGUGCGAGAGGUGUUUGAGGAGGCUGGUGUGAAGGGCAAGCUAGGACGUCUGCUCGGUGUGUUUGAGCAAAACCAAGAUCGGAAGCACCGGACGUAUGUGUAUGUGUUGACUGUCACAGAAACGCUGGAGGCCUGGGAAGACUCCGUCAACAUAGGCCGUAAGCGGGAAUGGUUCACCGUGGACGAGGCCAUUAAAGUACUGCAGAGCCACAAACCCGUCCAUGCAGAGUACCUGCGGAGACUCCAGCUCAGCUGCUCUCCCACCAAUGGAAACUCCAUCCUCCCGAGCCCGCCAGCAAACGACAACUACCCGCAUUACAGCGCCACGGCAACCACGCCCUCAACUGGUGGUGUGUUGGGCCCCUCCUGCAGAUAGGACUGCACCUAAACCUCCUGUCCUGUCUGCAAAUGCGGACAGUACUGAAAGUCUGUACAGUCUUGCAUGAAUCUAUGACUUUUCGGAGUUGCGGCUCCAGUGUAUGUAUAAUUUCUAGACUUAGCUGCAGGACAGACCAAAGCCAUUGCCAGAACUGUGUUAAAGACUCCUGUGACUGUCACAUCUUGGACAGAAAAGACUGUGGAUAUGGCUAAAUCAAGAACUCUUUUGAUUUGCUGGCAAACACCAGACCGAUGAGCCAGAGUUUGGGAGAUGGACGAAGCCGCCGACUCUGCUGCCACGAAUGACACGUGUGAGACCUGGUGAAGGAAUGCCUUACAGAAACUUUGUAUGAAUGUUGUACUUGGGUCGUUUUAUUUCACUAAUGAUUAUUUUUAUUUUCUUUUAGCAGAAUGGAUAUGCUUUCUAGUCAAUAAAAGGGUAAUUGACCCCAAAGCACGUCC